UUAUCAGAGUCAGAUGUAAUAGAUCCAUUAACAGCCACAGCAGCCUAUGAAAUAGGAUACUUGCAGACGUUUUCACCUUUGAAGGCCCAAAAAAAAAAGCUUCUUGAAGAACUUGGAGAGAAUAGACUUCCAUAUAUGACACCAGACGAUGCUGAUUUCCAUCAGUUGUGGAAGACCAAGUAUUCCAAGCUGAUUUUCAGAAAAUCUGAUACAGUACCUGAAGAGCUCCAUCAAAUGGUACAAGAAGGAUUUCUGACCUUGCAAAAACAUGAUUGUUUCUUUCGAGAUCUUGUAAGGAUCAAAGGAAAAGAUUUUCUUACCCCAGUGUCUCGUAUAUUAAUUGGAAACCCAGGAUGCACUUACAAGUACUUGAAUACAAGAUUAUUUACAGUUCCUUGGCCUACUGAAGGUUAUGAUCUAAAAUAUUGCAGUCCUCAAAUACAUGAUGCUUGUAAAGCAUUAAUCAGACUUAAUGACUACUUGCAUAUUGAAGCAGUCAAGGCAUUACAAGGACAAAAUUUGUUUGAGACCAAAGAAAUUAAAGAUACUACUGUAAUAGAUAGGGAGCAAAUUUUUGCUACCCCUCUUACAGAGAAAGGGUCUGUUUCAAAAGAUCAAAGCAGUUGUUGUGUACCAGACGAUGACUACAUAAGUAUAAAGAACAGAACAUCUUAUAACUUGACUUUAUUAAAUUACAUGGAUCCACUACAAAUGCUGUACUUGAAACAAGAACCUUAUUUUGGAAUGGGGAACAUGGCAGUGAGCUGGCACCAUGACGAGAAUUUGGUUGAAAGGUCAACGGUUGCUGUGUACAGUUACAGCUGUGAAGGUUCAGCCAUGGAAGAAAGUAAUGAACAAAAACUGACGGGAAGAGACCCAGCUGUUUGGCACGUAGGCUUGAAGGUAGCAUGGGACAUUAAGACACCUGGAUUAGCAAUACCACUUCACCAAGGAGACCUCUACUUGAUGCUUGAUGAUCUCAAUAUGACACAUCAGCACUGUGUUCUGGCUGGUUUUUCACCUCGAUUCAGCUCAACUCACAGAGUGGCAGAUUGUUCAAGAGGAACAUUGGAAUACAUAUUUGGACAAUGUGAACUGGCACUCCAGAAUUUACAGACUGAUUCUGAUUCAAUGGCUUUAUCUUUGAAAUCACUGGAAACUGCAGUUAUAAAGCAAGUAGAAGAAAUACAUAAUGAGGUUGAAUUUGAGUGGCUUAGGCAGUUUUGGUUUCAAGGCAAGAGGUAUUUGAAGUGCACUGAUUGGUGGCUUAAGCCUAUGGCUAAAUUGGAAGAAUUUUGGAGAAAAAUGGAGAUUAUGACAAGCCUGGUCCUCUCUGAAGUUGGAAAGGAGGAACAAAUUGAGGAACAAAGGAAUGAAACCAUCAGCUGCUUCUUGCUAGUUCUUACUGAGCGACAAAAGCUGCGUAAAGAAUGGACAGCAAG